CUGCGUAAACCGCGGCGGUGUACGCAGGCCACAGACCAUGAUUUAGCUAGGUACACCGCCGCGGUGUACGUAGUGCCGGCCUUAAUUUUAAUCGAUGGAUGUCCAAUACAGAGUCUAUGACUAUGUCACGUGAAAUGCGUAAUUUAAAUUACAAUAUGACAAUAAAACUUUAAGUUUAGUAUCAGUAUCAUUCAACAUGUCUAUUUCUACUGUUAUUUCAUAUUUGAAUAAUUUAUUGAAUCAGUUUUACUUCUUUAAAUAAAUUAAAUUUUAAGUUUACUACUACUCCUACCUGCCUACCUCUGUAACUGUAGUCUGUAGUCAGUGUAGUCUGAUCCUAAUUAAUAGAGCACUAGAAGUGUAUUUUGUAAUCAUAAUUAAUGACAAUAUUACAAUAUAAUGUAUUUACUAUCAUUUACUAAAUAAUUUAGUAAAUACUGGUACUGUACUUGUGGAACUAGCCUAAGUAGGCAUAUAAUUAUAAUAUAUACUAUAUUAAUAUUGUCAAUAAUAAUAAUAGUUUAUAAUCCAGGACCUUGUACUGUAGUAUAAUAGUAUUGUAUAAGUUAAGUAUAAUUGAUUAUUGAUUUAUUAUAAACUAAAGUAAGGCUGUGGUGGUGUGUGUAACAUGUAACUGUAACAAAAACUUUAUUCUGAAUCUUACCAUUUCUUACUUUCUUUUCAUACCCCACAUCACAUAAUCACUCACUCCAGUUAUUCAACCAAUAUUCACUCACAGUGUUUAGGACAUUCAUGAAAACAACUCACCAUGUCCAGUCAAACAAUAUGACAACCAUACAGGACAAUCAGUAUCAGGCUAGUAAGUACACUCAGUACACACAACAACAAUACUGGUCAGUCAGUCACUCUUAUUUACUGUCACAUCUCACUCUCCACAAGACAAUCAAUAAUUAAUCAAGAAAAUAGCUCUGUACUGUAUGCACUAAUGGAUCAGAUAGUUGUAGUAUAGUAUAGUGAUAAAUACUGACUAAACUUAGUGACCUGAGUGUCCUUUAUCAACAAGACUUUCAGACUUUCAAAUUCACAAGACUUUGUUUUGAGUUUGACUAGCUUGAGGUCAGUUACAAAACUAUCAAAUGUUUUCUCCGCUUGGACUUCUUGGAAAAAACACAUGCCUUUCAUUUGUUACAUUCUUUCUUGGAUAGCAGGGAUUUUCAACUUUCUUCAAAAGUUGACUAUGUGGAAAGAUGUAUUUAUGUCACAUUCUUUGUCAGUCCACUGGAAUGUAUUGAAAACUUAUACUGCAUCAUGGACUAUCACAUGCAGUUAAGUCAUGCUCGGCACCUCUUUCUUUACUCUUGGUAUCCAGUCCAUUGGCUAUCUUGUAAAUUUAAAAUGACUGCUUAAAUCUCUUCAUUCCAAUGCACCGAAACAUUUCCAUUUAAUUCCAGCUGUUGUGGCAAAUGGAGUCAGUCCAUCUGACACCAUGUUAAUCUGUAAUAAUAUAUAAGAUAUAUACCUUAUAUUGGUCAGUCAAAUAGUCACUCUUACUGUUACGGGGCCCAGUUUAAAUACAUUUUAGUAUGGGGUAGCUCCUUAGGCUACUCUACAUGUCUUAAAAGUUAAAUAUUAGGUCUCCAAAGAGCACAGGUUGGGAACCACUGCUCUAGAAUUUAGUCAGUUAGUUGUAUUGUUUUACUAUUAUUGUGUAUAAUGUAUGUAUAGGACUAUAGUUUUGGAAAGGCUAGUAGAAUAUAAAUAUAUAUUAAUAGUAAUAGGCUAGGCUUAUUACGUUAUUAAUAAUUAAAUCAAAUAAUGUGUAAAAAUUAGUAAUAAAUUGGAUGAUUAGAAAUACUAUCUUGUUAGUGUUAGAAUUAGAAUUUAGAAACAGUUCAGUAGGCCUAAAGGUAUACCUAAUAAAACACAUACCCGGUAGUGAAAUGAAAUUUUAGGAUUGUAUUUAAGCAAUUAUUCAAUCUCUACACACCGUCAUCAUUUAUUAUAGCAUAUAGACAAUCAUCUCUUUAAACACUUUCCACAUUUUAACUCAAUACGUAAUGUCUUCUCUACUGUGGUUGAUAUCUAAAUCUUGUUAAUCACAUACUGGGUAUGAUAUAUGCUGAGGAUAUUUUUUUUUUCUUUCAUAUUUUGAAGGCCCACGAUCAAUUUAUUUGAUUAACUAAUUAUAGAGUGUCGUUUACAAAAAUUGUUUGUGUCUCAUUAAUAUACCUGAGAAUAUUUGCUGUAUCAUAAUAACUAUGAGUUUAAAAUUUGAUACCAGUAAUAUAUUUACUAAACAGUUGCGUUUUUUUAAAUUUCAGGCAAUAUGGAAUCCUAUUCUCCUGUUUUUGUAGAUGCAUACAACCCGCUUCAAGCGGGAAGUAUUGAUGGAACAGAUGAAUAUCCACAUGACAAAGCUAUCUCUAGAGCAAUGAUUAGUACAUACAAACCAAACAAAUUUGUUAUAGGAGAUCCAGAAUGCACUGUUUUUGUUGGACACCUCAGUCCACUUACCACUGAUGAAAUUAUCAUUAGAUCAAUGAAACAGUAUGGGACUGUUGUUCGGGCAAGAGUAGUGAAAGACAUUGUCACUGGCUUCUCAAAGUGCUACGCUUUUGUUGAGUUUACUGAACCCUACGAAGCUAGAAAUGCAGUGAGAAGUGGUAAUAAAACAACUAUAGAUGACCAUGAAGUGUUAAUGGAGAUGGAAAAAGAAAGGACUUUGAGAGGCUGGAUUCCUAGAAGACUUGGAGGUGGUCUGGGUGGAAAGCGAGAAUCAGGUCAAUUGAGAUUCGGUGGGAAAGACAGACCAUUUAGAAAACCAAUAUUACGAGCAAAUGUGGAAAAUAUUGUGUCAGAUAAUAUGGUUAAUUACAAAGAUAAGCCACGAUUUGAAAGUUAUAAAAAUCAGGAUAAGUGGAAAAGGGAAAGUUAUAGAGACAGUUAUUAUUAAAGAAAAUUAAUUAAGGAUUCUUUUUAAUUACAUUUUUUUUUCUGCAUGUUUCUGUCAAUAAUGUUAACAAAGAUAAUUUAUGUCCUGUUUUUUGGGGUUUUUUUUUUUGGCAAUUACCUUUUAAAUUGUUUCUUAAUUUUUUAAAAGAUAAAAUAUCUGACCA